UCAUCAGAAAUGGAGCUGGACACAGUGUUCGUCACACUUCUGCUAGCAGCCGUCUUGAGCUCAUCGGCUCCUCGUCAGUUUGAGUAUGUUCAGAUGAGGAUGAACUGCACUGAUGCACAGAGAUACUGCCGUGAGAAAUACAGCGAUCUGGCUUCCAUUGACAACAGCGCCGAUGUGACCGAGCUGCUGAAGAGUGUGAAUGGAGCUAGUGGUGUCUAUGUCGUCUGGAUCGGGCUGAUGGACACCUUCAGGAGUGAAUGGAAGUGGUCUCUGGGUGACCCUUCGUUUUACACGGCUAACGAUUCAUUGUUUCGUAACUGGGCGUUGAAUCGGCCAAACAACAGUCAAUAUUAUUGUGCUUAUAUGAGUCAGGAUGGUUUGUGGCGUGAUGACUACUGUACGAACCAAAGGUUUUUCAUCUGCUACAAUGACAGCAGUAAAGGAUUCGUCCUCGUGCAGUACUCAAUGAGCUGGAGAUCUGCUCAGAGCUUCUGCAGAGCGAAUCACACGGAUCUGAGCAGCGUGAGGAACCAGAGAGAGAACCAGCAGAUUCAGCAGCUCAUGAACACUGGAGGACUCACUGCCGUCUGGAUCGGUCUGUUCAGAGACUCAUGGGAAUGGUCCGAUAACAGUACAUCCUCGUUUAGAAACUGGGCACCCCCUGAACCCCACGGUAAUGAGAACGCCACAGUGCUUGUGAUAAGUGAAUCAAUAAGGGGUCAGUGGGAGGACUGGCCUUGUAAUUCACAGUUUACCUUCGUCUGUCAAGAAGAUCAGUUUAUACUCAUCAAGCAGAAUCUGAGCUGGAGUGAAGCCAUGACGUACUGCAGACAGAAUCACGUGGACCUGGUGUCGGUUCCCAGUCCUCAGAUCGAGCGGCGAGUGAUGAGCGCGGCGAGAAGAGCCUCGACGACGGCCGUGUGGAUGGGUUUGCAUCACUACUGCAUCAUGAACAUGUGGCUGUGGCUGCGUGACGAGGUGGUCUGUUAUCAGAACUGGGCCGCGGGGAACGGCACCGGACCACAUGACUGCCGCGAGCGGAGAGUCGGAGCCAUUCAGUCGUCUGGAGAUCAGCGCUGGGUCAGCCUUCCUCCGACCAUCAGGCUCAACUUCAUCUGCACCAACUCUGAGACUUGAAUGAGUGUUUGCACUGCAAAAAAUGAUGUCUGUUUUAUAUCUAAACUACUAAAUCUUAACUUUCAUAAUUAUUCAUUCGUUUUCAUAUUAGUUCUUUUUUUUCAGAUUUUUAGAUAAUUAAUAGAUAAAAAGUGAUAUAACCAUUAAAAAAUGUUACACGUUUCGCUUUAGGUUAUUUUGAUGCGAGCAUGUAUGGAGUGCCAUUAGGUGUCUAAAAUACUGGAAUCAAAUUCACUAAAGCACUCAGCUGAAUCGUUUUGUUGUUAGCAAGCUCAUCAGGGUGGCCUUUAUUUUUGGACUUUUGAAAUCUUCUGGCCUCACCCUCCCAGUCAACUCUCCUUAAUGAGAAACGGAAACAAACCAAAUUCCGCGGAGACUGGACUAUGUUUGGGGUGUGCUCAACAAAGUUGAUGUUCUGUCUUAAUGACCAUAACAGCAUGUAAUUAAUAAUUAUACAAAACCAUUAGUAAACUGUAAAUUAGUCGUCGGUGUGAGGAUUCGUGGCAGUUUCAGAGGAGGAUGAUUCCAGACAGACUUCUGAGCUAACAGGAAUGCUUGAAUUCCUUUGGUCCUGAGGAAAUCAUCACGGUCAGUUUGAUGGACAUCUAGCUCCGGGAGGUGAAACACGGUCUUCUUACUGGAGAGUUAAAGGGAUUUCUUCUAUGUGAAGUCUUUUUGUGUACAACAUACACCAGCAUCAAACAGGCCUGCAACGUAUUGAGUUCAUAUUGAGUUAACUGAAGGGUGAGCUCAUAUUGCUGGUUUAUUAUUUUGGUUAAAUAUUUCUCUAAGUUUUGAGAAAGAGUUUGGGUACUGAAAUUUAAAGGUAUGUAUCUAAAAAGAGUGAAAUGUGGUGUUUAUCCUAUUGCUUAUUUGCAUUAUUAUUUUAUUUUAAAUCUUGAUUAUUUUACAUUUAUUUCAGUAAAUUGUUAAUUUCGGUAUCCUAGAGUUAAUACAAGAGGUCAUAUGUAUUUAGACUGGUUAAUGGUAAAACAAUUACUUGAAUAGCAAGAGAAACACUAAAAUCAUUAUUGUGUAUGUAAAUACCACUUAAGCUUAGGAGACCCAAGGAAAGUAGUAACCAAUACAGUUACACAAAUAUAUAAGUUAAAGUGAGUAAAUAAUCACACUAAGCUCACAACAAAGUUGAAAAUACCAAGUUUGUUAAUACGAACUCAGGAUGCUGCCUUGUACAUCUGAGAAGGAAAGGGUUAAAAGCACUACAACUUAUUGAAUUUGUGCUGGCCAGACUGAGAGAGACACUAAAAACAGUUGUUCAGUAAACUCUGCUCAUCUUCACUUUGUCUGCUGCUCUUUCCUGCCUCUGUCUGAUUGAUUAACGGCACAUUUUAAAUCAGUGAGAGACCAGUUAAAACCGAAUCAUGAUAUUCAGUCACAAGACGGAGCUGAAGCAGCAUCAUCUGCAUUAGGAUCUGCCCUGCUGCCAUCAUUUGUUGACCCAUGUGUGUAAACUUGAUAAUAAUAAUUGAUGGUCAUUGAAAACAAUAUUUGAAAUAUUCAUGGAUAAUUUAAUUCAUAGAUCAUGGAAUAUUAAAAGCUAAAAUAACAUAGCAAAUGAAUGCGGGCCAUUUUAUAGCCAUGUUGUGCAUUAGAAGGGGUUUUCAUAGCUUGUGCAUCAAAGGGUUAAUUAAGGAUAUAGUUCUGUAUAUAAUGCAUAUAGAGUCAUUCAUGUUUAUCAAAUAAAUUGUCAAACAGUC